AUGUCAGUUUAUGUUACCAUUCCAUAUCCGACCGAAAAUCUGGAUGUAUUAUUUUGUCGGCUUGAAAAUUGUUAUGGAGUAUCUGCAGCAUUAUCUCAAGAUAAACUUAAAAUAUGCGGAACUGCAGAUAAACUGAAUGCAGCUCAAGAUUACGCACUGCGUUUUAUUAGUCCAGAAUCGGUUUCAAUUAGUACGAUUACUUCAAUGGAUUGUUUGGAAUUAUUCAAUAAUGAAUCGAACCCAUUGUCUUUAUUAACAAAUUCUUCUAAGAUAAAGUCAGAUAAAUCGUUACAACCUCGCUUAAGACCCAUUAUAAUUGACGGUAGUAAUGUGAGUUUCGCCCAUGGAAAACAAAAAGAAUUCAGUGUUCAGGGAAUUCGUCUAGCCUUAGAUUACUUCAAAAAACGUGGCCAUAAAGAUAUAGUUAUUGUAGUACCUAGACAUUAUCAAGGCAAAGGUGGCCGUUAUUUCGAUGAACUUGAGCAUUCUGGUAUGUUGACUUAUACACCAUCACGAACUUUGAAUCAAGAAAGACAAGCAGUGUAUGAUGAUCGCGUAAUCUUGCAAUUGGCAGCUGAUAAGAAUGCAGUCAUCAUAUCCAAUGAUCAAUAUCGUGAUCUUAUGUCGGAAAAUGCUAAAUUUAGAAAACUUAUUGAAACAAGACUACUUCCAUACGUAAUGUCAGGGAACACAUUUCUUCUUCCUGAAGAUCCUUACGGCCCUAAAGGUCCAUCCUUAUCUGAAUGUUUAACAAUAUCAAAUUCAACCAAGGAUUAA